GAUAAAUAAAGAUUGAUUUCAUUUAAUUUGAACAGAUAUCUACACCAUAUUUAUACUCCGGCCAUAUGUGCUGCACAACAUGCGAGAGGAAGUGUUUCUGUGGUCAGCCGCUGUGCUUCACUGCUGAAAGUAAGUUUAGAGAUGUGACAAAAGGCAAAAAGCCUAGAAGACAGAGAGGGGUACAAAGUUGAGAACAUUCAGCUUCAUGAUGAAACCUCAACUGCUCUUCACACUGAUGUAUUUUUUUCUGGUGUUGGAAGCAAACGAUCUUUCUCCGGCCAAACUGACGGUGGAUGUAGCCGUGAUCACAGAAACCGAUUUGGUGACAUUAAAGUGUCAGAUUCCAUCUUCAGCUUCUGGAUGCACUUUCUUCACUCCAAGUGAAACGUUCUUUGAGGGCAGCUGUCUGCUGAGGCUGACAGGAGCUGAACUUCUGAAUCUGACUAAAAGAAGAUCUCCUGCUACCAUUGAAGUUAGAUGUUUUUACACAGAGAAGAGAGGAGCUUUCAAUUUGACAUCUGUGGACAGUGAUCCAUCCAUCAUCGAGAUAAACAACCUUCUUCCUCCUGAUCUGAGUGUGAAUUCACAGGCGAUCACAGAAACAGAUUCAGUCACAUUAAACUGUCAGCCUCCGGUGUCUGUGACAAAAUGUAAUUGGCACUUUAAGGGAAAAAAGCGUGCCGAACAAUUCUCCUGUUCUAAGACACUGACUGGAGCUGAGCUGUUAAGAAUGGCGAGUCAAAGUGUUCCUGCUAAAGUUCAAGUUUGGUGUACUUACCUUAAUGGUCAUCAAUCUCCAAAAAGUCAGCGGAUGACCAUCACUGUCCAGUUUCCUCCUCCUGAACUAAGAGUGAAUCCGGCUGUGAUCACAGAGAGAGACUCGGCCACGUUGGACUGUGUGACUCCAUCAUCUCUUUCUGUCACUGAAUGUCAUUUCUACUUUGUGAGAACAAAAACUACCAGAAGCAGCUCCUGCAUGCAGACGCUGACAGCAGCUGAACUUCUGUUCCUGUCAGGACAAAGUUCACCUGCUGAGGUUCAGCUGAUGUGUUUUUACCCUGUGGAAAGAGACGCAAACUCUCUGUCUCCACACAGCAAUAUCAGCUCCAUCCACAUAGUUCCUCCUCCUGAACUAAGAGUGAAUCCGGCUGUGAUCACAGAGAGAGACUUGGCCACGUUGGCCUGUGUGACUCCAUCAUCUCUUUCUGUCACUGAAUGUCAUUUCUACUUUGUGAGAACAAAAACUACCAGAAGCAGCUCCUGCAUGCAGACGCUGACAGCAGCUGAACUUCUGCUUCUGUCAGGACAAAGUUCACCUGCUGAGGUUCAGCUGAUGUGUUUUUACCCUGUGGAAAGAGACGCAAACUCUCUGUCUCCACACAGCAAUGUCAGCUCCAUCCACAUAGAAAACCAACAGAUACAUCUUUCCAACAGAGAAGAGUGGAAAAAGCUUUUAGCCUUGCCAGGUGCUGUGGUAACUGUGGGCGUUAUUAUACUGGGAUUGACACUCUUCUGGUCCAACAGAGAAAGUGAUUUCCAGAGGAAUGUUCUGAAUUCACAAAAUCCUGAUGGAGGACUGAACUUCAACCCAGGAAACAAUGAAACCUUCAGCUUGGUCACCUACCUACCCGUAAAUGUUCAUUCUACAGGUGAGCUGCUGAUGUUAAACCUAAGAAAACAAGCAAAACACAAUUUAUUCUUUUCAAGACUGCCGCUCUUUACCUUAAAGGGGAUAACAUGAGUACAAAGUUUAAGGAAAAACAGACUAAAAUUGUUAGAGAAUGUAUAUAGUAAAUUCUGUUCAGUGCUGCCAGACAGUGUUUUACAGCCCAAAAGUCAUCUGAAAACCCCCGGACCCAGCAAAAAACCCUUUUAUGGCUGUGGACCAUAGGGAGUGGUGAACGGACCCUACCCGCCACAUAAAAAACGUCUCUUAAUUUCGGCGUGGUCCUCGAGGUCUUUUAGGUGGGCCCAGAUGUCUGUGAUGCAAAGUUUGCAAUGAACCUUACUCUCAUCGCUAAUUGAUGGUAACUGAAGGUCACUGUUGCUUUUCCACUCCUUUCUCUAACUUUUCCAUAUUGUGCUCACUUUGGCAUUUUUGCGCUAGACUACCACUGUCUCUUGCUUGUAACUAGCUGGCUGGCAAAUGACCAAAGCCUGCGCUACAUUCAAACAACAAUCCUACACUAGAUGACGGGUGCAGCGCAGAGGUCUGGCAGCAGCGCGAUUGGAGAAGGCGUGGCCAGAGUUCAAAUAUUUCAACUUUGGCGUGGUUGUGGUGUCAACAAAUCAGGGACUCAAUUUUUUUGGUGCUCGAGAAACGCGUGCUACUGGAAAACACUGCUGCCUGGACAGCUGUGUCAGAGGGCCGACUCCAGAUCGAAGAGGCACGUGGGGCGAUCCAGCCCUCAGUAAACACUCCAGUGGGCCGGAGUGGUCUUCUGCCGGGGACUUGACGUUCUGUGGGGCAAGUAGCGACUUUGUGAUGACAGACAGAAUUUGCACUCAGUGUAUUUAAAAACGCAUGUGCAGUGACGUAUGUAUCAGAAGAUGUUUGAUUGGCCGUUCUGCCAACGUCAAUCAAAUCAUGUACUUCUCAGUGAGGAUUGUGAUUUGCAGACGCAUUUUUUAGAAAUAUAUUCUGAUAUUUUUGAUUAUUCAUCUUUGCUGGCCUGUGAUCUACCUUCAUGUCCUUGAAGAUCAACCGGUCAAUUGCAAUAUAGAUAUAUACAUAUAUACAUACAUACAUACAUGUCCCCUGUUCUAGACAGUCUGUCGCAGAGGCCAUGACCCCGUUUCUGGAGGAAGCUUCAGAUUUAACUCCAGUUAAACUAAAAUGAUUUUUUUUCUGGUAUUUUUUCAAAAACGAAUUAUCUGUUUUUUUUCUUUCAGAGUUUGUGCCAGUCCAAUCAGAGUGAAUCCGCCUUUACGUUUCCAAUGAGUUUGCUGCAAAGAAGAUUGAACAAAUCUGAAGAGUCCAUAUCCAUGUCUGAUACAAAAUGCAUUUUUAAAAAUUGUAAAAGGAGUUUGUACUUUAAAUGAAAAAAAAAAGCUAUUGUACUUUUUACCAUUGAUGCUAAGUUUUAAACAUAUAAAAUUGCAACGUCUCAUUUGAACUUCUAUUCGAGUCAAUAUUUGUGUUUGCCGAUUAGAUUCAAUUCGAUUUUGGUUCAUUUUAAAGGAUAUAAUUCAAUCAGAUGUACUGACCUAAGAUCGAUCCCGGACAUCUUGAACCAAAAACCAGUGUGACUGAGGUAUAAAUACUUGUAAAGCAUUUCACAACUUUAUUACGGUAAAAUGAAAUACACUACAAUUUCUGUGUACUCUAUUUUAUUUUACAGUAAUAAAGCUUUAAAAUAAAA